AUGGGUCGUGUUAUUCGUGCUCAAAGAAAAGGUGCUGGAAGUAUCUUCAAGUCUCAUACAGUAGGCCGUAAGGGUGCUGCUAAACUCAGAGUAUUCGACUUUGCUGAACGUCAUGGAUAUAUCCGUGGUAUCGUUAAAGAUAUCGUUCAUGAUCCUGGAAGAGGCGCCCCCCUUGCUAAGGUCGUUUUCCGUGACCCUUACAAGUAUAAGCUUCGUACUGAAACCUUCAUUGCUACUGAAGGUAUGUACACGGGUCAAUUCAUUUAUGCCGGUAAGAAGGCUGCCUUGAACAUUGGUAACGUCAUGCCCUUGUCCUCCAUGCCUGAAGGUACCGUUAUCUGUAACGUUGAAGAAAAGGUCGGUGAUCGUGGCUCUAUUGCUCGUACCUCCGGUAACUACGCUACUGUCAUCGGUCAUGGUGAUGAUGGUAAGACUCGUAUUCGUCUCCCCUCUGGUGCCAAGAAGGUCAUUCCUUCUACCUCUCGUGCCGUCAUCGGUAUCGUGGCCGGUGGUGGUCGUAUUGAUAAACCCAUGUUGAAGGCCGGUCGUGCUUUCCACAAGUACAGAGUGAAGCGUAACAGCUGGCCCAAGACUCGUGGUGUUGCCAUGAACCCUGUUGAUCACCCUCACGGUGGUGGUAACCAUCAACAUAUUGGUAAAGCUUCUACUAAGGCUCGUGACUCUCCUGCUGGUCAAAAGGUCGGUUUGAUUGCUGCUCGUCGUACUGGUCUCCUUCGUGGUACUAAGAAGAUCAAGGAUGCUUAA